AUGGGAGUACCUUCGUUCUACAGAUGGUUAAUCGAGAGGUAUCCAUUGAUUUUGCAAGAUGUCAUCGAAGAAGAACCUCUCGACGUCAAGGUUCCCGUCGAUACCAGCAAACCUAAUCCAAACGGCGUCGAGUAUGACAAUCUCUACCUCGACAUGAACGGAAUCAUUCAUCCUUGUUUCCAUCCUGAAGACAGAGCUUCUCCGACAACGUUUUCGGAGGUGUUUCAAUGCAUGUUCGAUUACAUAGACAGACUAUUCGUUAUGGUUCGACCUCGGAAGCUCUUAUUCUUGGCUAUUGAUGGUGUUGCUCCAAGGGCUAAGAUGAACCAACAGAGAUCCAGAAGGUUUCGAGCUGCAAAAGAUGCAGCAGAGGCUGCUGCUGAAGAAGAGAGACUGCGGCAAGAGUUUGAGAGUGAAGGGAAGAAGUUGCCACCUAAGCUGGACUCUCAAGUUUUUGACUCUAAUGUUAUAACUCCUGGAACAGAGUUCAUGUCUACUCUCUCAUUUGCGUUGCAAUACUACAUUCACCUUAGACUUAAUUCUGACCCUGGUUGGAAAAAUAUAAAGGUUAUUCUCUCUGAUGCUAAUGUUCCUGGCGAGGGGGAACACAAGAUCAUGUCUUACAUACGUCUUCAAAAGAACCAUCCUGGUUACAACCCCAACACUUGUCAUUGUCUCUAUGGUUUGGACGCCGACUUGAUCAUGCUGGCUUUGGCCACACACGAAGUUCAUAUUUCAAUCCUUCGUGAGGUUGUUUUCACUCCUGGACAACAAGACAAGUGCUUCUUGUGUGGUCAACUCGGGCACCGAGCAGCAGAUUGUGAGGGCAAGGUAAAGAGGAAGGCAGGAGAUAUGUUAGAUAAACCCGAGACAGAUGUUGUGGCUAAGAAGCCAUAUCAGUUCGUCAAUAUCUGGACGCUUCGAGAGUAUUUGGAGCACGACAUGCAGAUACCGAACUCGCAAUUGCAAAAACAUUUGGACCGCAUAAUUGAUGACUUCAUCUUCAUCUGUUUUUUUGUUGGCAAUGAUUUCCUGCCACAUAUGCCUACACUAGAGAUACGAGAGGGUGCUAUAGAAUUACUUAUGUCCGUGUACAAGAAGGAAUUUGGAUCAAGUACAAGUUACUUGAGCAACGGAAGCAAGCUGAAUUUAAAGAAUGUCGAGCAUUUUAUCCAGGCCGUUGGGCUCUAUGAAAAUAAUAUAUUUCAAAGGAGAGCACAAAAUCAUCAGAGGCAAUCGGAAAGGUUUAGUCGUGACCGAGCUCAAUCGAGCAGAAAAAGUAACUAUGACCCGGUUGUGCAACUAGAUCCUCUAGUUGAGGUGUCCGAUUCAUUGCGUCUGUCAUUGAACGAUAACUCUAGCGUGGCGAAGGGGGAAACAGAAUAUAACAUCAAAGAAGAAGAGAUGGAUAACAGUGAAGAAUUGAAGUUUAAGCUUAAGAAACUGUUGCGGGAAAAAUCAGAUGGGUUCAGUUCAGGAAAAGGCGAAGAAGAUAAGGUGAGGCUAGGUGUAGAAGGAUGGAGGGAGAGAUACUAUGAGGAGAAAUUCGUAGCCAAGACUAUAGAGGAAAUGGAACAAAUACACAGAGAUGUUGUCUUGAAGUAUACAGAAGGUCUUUGUUGGAUAAUGCAUUACUAUUAUCAUGGUGUUUGUUCAUGGAAUUGGUUUUAUCCUUAUCAUUAUGCACCUUUCGCAUCUGAUCUCAAGUUCCUUGACAAGCUAGAUAUUAAGUUCGAACUAGGUUCCCCAUUUAAGCCAUUCAAUCAGCUUCUGGCAGUUCUUCCAUCUGCAAGUGCACAUGCUCUCCCAGAGUGUUUUAGGAAACUGAUGACAGAUCCAAAUUCACCUAUAGCUGAGUUUUAUCCUCCCGAUUUUGAGAUUGACAUGAACGGAAAGCGCUAUUCUUGGCAGGGUAUAGCAAAACUGCCUUUUAUAGAAGAAAAGCGUCUUCUGGAAGCAGCAGCUAAAGUGGAGCACUCACUGACGAAGGAAGAAGUUCGAAGAAACAGUGUGUUGUCUGACAUGCUCUUUGUGGUUUCAUCUCAUCCCCUUGCUGAGCUCAUCCGUUCUCUUAGUAGCCGUACUAUCAAAUUGACCAACAAAGAACGAGCAACAGCUACGGAAAAAAUUGACCCUGGACUAAGUGAAGGGAUGAAUGGUUACUUAGCGUUAUGUGGUGGAGAUAGUCAGCCUUCACGCUUCAGCUCCCCCAUCGAGGGCAUGGAAGAUGUAUUAGCCAAUCAAGUCAUGUGUGCCAUAUACAAACUUCCAGAUGAUCUUAGAGGAAGCGACAUUGCUCGUCCACCUUCAGGAGUGGUGUUGCCUAAAAAGACUGUACAACUAGCGGAUUUAAAAGGUGGAGCUAAUCUAUGGCAUGAAGAUGGUGAUCGAAGACGAGCUCCUGCAAAGAUUAUAAAAAUCAAGAGGUAUAACCCACAAGGAUCCAUUUCGGGGGAUAGGCUUGGGAAGGCAGCGCACAAACUAGUGUUACAGACAAUAAAUUCCCGACCGGAUAAUACAAACAUCAACUCCGAACCAGCAUUGUGUCCGAAUACUAUUUUCCACAACAAUCAGGUGGAGAAAAAGGUCCCAUCGUUCCGAGGGAGUACGGUACAGAAGAAACACUAUCAGAGUGAAUUGGCUUUGAAUAAAAACAGAAGCCAUCAUCAAAGGGGACAACUAACCCAGGAGGAGAAGACAGCAAUCAGAAAGCGCAAGGAAAAAGAGAAAAGAGGGAGAAAUUUGGCUAACAGAAGGGAAAGAGCAAAGAAUGAGAAGCAAGCAGAGAAAGGAGAAAGCAAUUUGGAAAACAAAAGGCCUCGAAGUGAAGUCAAUGAGGAGAACAGGGUGGAACAUAAAAGGCCUCGACUCACUGAGGAGAGAAACAUAAACACUGAAGGGAAGGAACAAAACAAAUGCGCUCAAAGUGAAGUCACUGAGCAGGAGAAGAAUGCAAAACGAAAGCGCAAGGAAAAGGAGAAGAAAGAGAAAAGAAGAAAGAGCAAAGAAGAAAAAGAUAACAUAAUAUGA